AUGCAUUUCUACAUAAGUACCUACACGAAUCUGUACAAUGCCUACCUGUCGUGUAAGGCAACUCCACCUUCGACCAUAGGGCGUGCUUUCAAAAAAAAGGGAGACGCACCACAAGCCUGUAUGGUGAAUAUUGCACCUCCUGUAGUUGUGCCCUCUCCGCGGGUGCAGGUUCGCCCAAAUGUGCGAAAGUCAAAAGUGCAGGAGCAGCAGCUAAACUUCAAAAACGACGGAGGAACACACCAACAUAGCAACGAUGACGACUACUUGGGUAAAUUAAUUAACAUUUCGAAGAAGAUAACACAAUACGCACAACACAAUAAAGUUAAAAUUGCAAAAGCGUUAGCAACAUCGGUACUUUCAGCCUACUCACUUAAUUGGGUAUACCAGUCUGGUGUCACAUUACAAAGGGACCCACACUACUCCCUGUUCGUCCCCGCCAACAGCUACAUAAACAAUGCCAUUAGAAAGAUUAAAAAAAAUUAUCAAGUGAAAAAAUACACAUUUAAUGAGAACAAAAUUUUCGAAAGGAAUUUCCACAACAAUUAUGACCAAUCAGAAAUAGGACAAAUAUAUGUUGUAAACAAUAUUGUCAAUUUUUUAAAUUUUUUACCUUACAAGUGGAAAAAAACAUGUUCAUACAAUUUUUGUAAAUAUAAAGAAUUUGAAAAUGUGGAGAAUCUUUUUGAUUAUAUCAGAAUAGGGAUGCAUGAAGGACCCAUUUUGUUAUUCCAGGGGAAAUUAAAAAAACAGUAUUGGAUACAUUUGCCACUAAAAUAUGAAAUUGUGAAAGAUGGGGAUGAUACUCUGUGCACACUUAUAUUUACUCCGUUACACAAAUAUUAUUCUGAUUAUAAUAUCGAGAUAAAACUGGUGAAGGAGAAGGAAACUGAUAACGUAACUUUUAUCACCUCUGUUAAGCACGCAAACAAAAAUGAUGAAAAGGGAAAUUCCUUUUACAUAAGUGUGGUUAAAAAUAUUGCCAUGUAUUUAACAUAUGAUAUUUUUGAAGGAAUAAAUAACAGUAUCCAUUUGGUGCACAGAAGGAAUGCAAGCUGUAGAAAAACCAUGCUUAACAGAUCGGAUGUUACGUUAAAAAGGAAAAAAAAAACAAAUUUUCAGUUUGUCCUGUCGCCGGUCAUCAUGCCAUGGAGUUUUAAAAUGCGGCGAAGUUAA